GUUUUACAUGAUCAGUCUCCUUGUUAGCAAAUGUCGAUCCUGUGCAGAUUGUCUCGAUAUAGCCCUAAGUCACAAGGUUUUCUAAGCAAAGAUGGAUAGCAGGUAGAAGUGGAAUCCAGUUUUACGUGUGUAUCGGCAAUAGGGUGAAGUUUUACAUUCACUUGAUGUUGUUUACUUGUAUCUUCUAACUGUUAUUUAGGACUGUAUUUGAUCAGUAGUCUCUUGUUGGCAUAUGUGAAUUCUGUGUGUACUGCCUUGGUAUAGCUUUAAGUCACAAGCUUUUUUAAGUAAAGAUGGAUAGAGAGUAGAAGUGGAAUUCAGUUUUACGAGCGUUUCGUUCUAUUUGGGACUCAUUAUAUAAAUAUCGUUUCUAUUUCCCCUUAUUAUAGAAUCAUGUCGUUUAAUGAUGUUAUAUACACUUUAAUCAUAUCAGUUUCCUUUCAUAGUUUAACUGCCUAGUAACUGAUAAAUAGUAUCUUUUUAUAGAUACUCCUAGUUUGAUAUAAACCUCUCUAAGUUACUGUCUACGACUUGGUGGUGUAGAAGAGAUGUAAUAUGGCUAGAAGCAGAAUCCAGGAUGCGUAUUUUUUACUUUAUGGGUCUCAUCAUUUAGAUAUUUCUAGGAUGCAGGUACAUCGACCUAUAACCAUUUUGUUGAAGUUAUAUAUAAGUUUGCAAAUCAUUUGCUAUUCAAAUUCCUUUCUUCCAGUCCAUAUCGUCCCAUGAUAUCUUCAUAGUCGGCGUUGUCCAUUCCGACCAUGGGAUUUCGAUGUUCUAUCAAGAUAGUUCGGUUCCUUACCUGAGCACUUCUGUAUGAUUGACUGAGGCCUCUGAACUUUAUCAUUUUUAUCUCUAUCAUCGAUGGAUGUAUAAUACUGGAUAAAAUUCAAUGUCAUUCCUUCAUUCUUUGUUUUGAAGGAUGCUUUGAGAAUUCCAGAUCGAUAGGAUUUCCAUUUUAUGGGUGCUUUUCAUGCUUUUUUGGACAGCAUUACAGGAAAUUCCUGCGUGUGUGAAGCAUUUUUUUCCUUCAUGACCAGAAUACAAUAGCAUCUCUCUUGAAUCUAAUCUUUUCUUUUCAGCAUGAGCCUAAAGAAAGGAAAUUUGAGAAAGUAUGAGGACUUUAGGCAUCACACUACUGUUAGUACCAAGAAAAGUUGUAAACAGAGUGUUAUUGAAUCAGAUGAAAGGCUGAGUAGACGCCCAACUUCGAGGGGAACAGGCUAGAUCCCGCAACGACCGCUCAUUCACAGAUCGCGUCGAGACACUUUAAAUCACUGCUGAACAAUCAAUUGAAUUUAAUUCGUCAUUAUAAAUCAACUUCCUUGACCAUGAGAAAGCGUUUGAUAGCGUGGAUAAAAAAAUUAUGGUGUUUUUCGAAAUUAUGGUGUGCCUGAAAAUCGUCAACAUCAUAUGGAAUAAACUGUGAAAUUAGACAUGAAGGACAACUGAUAGAUGCAUUCCAAGUAAAUACCGUCGUUAGACAGGACUGUUUACUCUCGCCUUUUUUGAAUUACUUAGAAAACGUCUCAUCCAUAUCAACAAAUGCAGGUGAAAACAGACAGUACAACAGUAGCCUCUGUAUCAAUAAGCCUCAUCAUACACAACGGAAAAACAAGAUCUCGAAAUACAACAUAGAAAGAAUAAGCUAAAUCAUACUUAAAGUAGAAUCUCUGGAAGAUGGGAAAAGUUAUGCGCACCUCGGCAGCAUCACCAAUAAACAAGUAAGAUCUGAGGUCGAUGUAAAGGCCUGGGUUGGCAAACUAAGGAUAGCAUUCCUACAGUUGAAGAACAUAUGGAAUUUGAAACGACUGUCAAUCAAUAUGAGAGUCAGAAUCCACAGUAGGAACGUCAAGACAGUUCUACUGUACGGAGCUGAAACUUAGAGAACUAUUACAACCAUCAUCAAGAAGGUACAAAUAGUUGUAAACAGCUGUCUACGCAAGAUACUCAACAUCCAUUGGCCGGAUACCAUCAGCAACAGCCUUCCGUGGGAGAGAACAAACCAGUUUCCAUGUGAAGGGGAAAUUAGGAAAAGACGAUGGAGAUGGAUAGGACAUACAUUAUAGAAAUCACGAGACAAGCGCUAACUUGGAAUUCUGAGGGGAAGAGGAAAAGAAGAAGGUCAAGGAACAUAUUAUGUAGGGAAAUAGAAGCGAAUGUGAAAAGGAUGAAUAACAAGUGGAAAUAGCUGGGGCUCAGGACAGGGUUUGAUGGAGAGUGAUGGUGAGUAGCCUAUGCCCCUCCAUGAAGUAAGUAAGUAUGAGAAGAUGAGAAUUUACAAAAAAAAUGACAUUAAGAUGAAACUCUUGCCAAAUACUCUUUGAUUUACAGUUAUACUUCAAAUGAUGUUCCAAUUCUGUUGGACUGUGUAACUGUUUUUUCUGUCUUAAAAUGAUGUAGGCUUUUGGAGCUGUUGAAUCAAUGAGUGAUCGUAUCUGUAUUCAUUCUAAAAGUAAAAUCUCUGUAGAAUUAAGUGCUGUUAAUCUGUUAAGCUGUUGUACAAGAUGUGGUCUUGGUUGUAAUGGUGGUAUUCCAGGAAUGGCAUGGGAUUAUUGGAAAUAUGAAGGUAUUGUUACAGGAGGAUCAAAUGAAACGCAUACAGGAUGUCAACCAUAUCCAUUUCCUAAAUGUAAUCAUCAUGCAAGUACAAAAAGUUAUCCACUAUGUGAAAGUCAUUAUUAUUCAACACCAGAAUGUUAUAAAAGUUGUCAAGAUGAUUAUCAUAAACCCUAUAAAAAAGAUAAAUUUUAUGGUUAGUAUUAUUAUACAUUGUUUGAAUUUGUAUAUUUUGUAGUACUGAAUAUGUUUAUAUAGGUUACACAUUCUCAUGGGAUGAAGGUCUUAGGUUCGUGUCUCGCGCGCACGAGAGAGAUUGGGUGCUCAAUGCUGAGGAGUCUCAUACUAGGACGAAACGGAUAUUCAGUGUUUCUAGAUAUUCAACAGUGGUUUAAGAUUGAUCGAUUUGUGAUUUCAAUAAAAUCCUGAAAAUAGUGAAGACAAUAUCUAUGGAAGAGUAAUAUGAAUUCAUUUAUUUCAGAGAUUCAACAUGUUUAUUAAGAGGCCUUGAUCUGGAUGGUGAACUUUUUCAAGGUAGAUUAGACGUUAAAAAAGAAACUGCUGUAGAUAAAUUACAGUAAUCGGUUGGUUGCUUAUAGGGUUAAUGUGUAAAAUUUGUGAGAAUGAUAUUAUUAAGAAGGACAGACAGUCUAUUUUAUGCGUGAUAUUUAGUUUAUCUAUCGUACUAAUGGGAUGUUGAAGACAAUUCUCAAACAGUUACAAGUCGAGAUAUCUGUUCACCAAUUAAGGGACAAGAAUACUGCGCAGCAGUUCAUUCUAUUCUACUUUACGAUGCGAGACGUAGCCAUUAAGAGUGAAAGGUACUCGUAAGCUACUACUAUGUGACCACAGAUGCCUUUGAAAUAUUGCUCGCAUCUGCUGGGAUUACUGAGUAAGUAAUAGUGAGAUUAGACACAUGGUAUUGGGAAAUGUUAGUAAAUGAGGUUAUAAAUCCUCAUCGACUGAGAUGGUUGAGCCACGUGUUGCGUAUGUCUGAACACCGAUUACCACGACACGCAAUGCUGACUAGUGUUGGAGAUGGUUGGAAGAAAGUUAGAGGUGGCCAAACCAAAACAUGACAUCAGUCCAUAAAGUCACUAUCUCCUAGACUGAGACAUAUUAGUAGAUGCAGACUACUCGGUUGGGAUCCGCACAACUAUCGUAGCCAAUGUUUAGAGACUGUAUGUGACAUGGCUCAGAAUCAAUCACAAUGGCGUAGGUAUAUACACCCUUUGUUUUCCCUUCAACUGUGAGGAUAAAAUUACUUUAUAACUUUCUUCCUCCGAACUCAUUCGUUCUCCCUGUAUCAUCUUGUUGUACUAAUGAGUUUUGGCAACAUGGACCGAUGCAUAUAUGUGCCUGGUUCUACAUUGUAGCUGAUUGACUGAGUUAUAAAGAAUUAUAUCUAGAAAGAUGACAUAAGUCGUCAAAUGAGAUUACUUGCUUUAAAUCCAGGUCUUACAAAUCACUGAUAGUUUUUCAACACAAACUGGUAUUAAAUCUGGUCAUGAAGACAAUAUAGUUCAUUCUCAAUCAGAAUAGAUGAGUGAAAACGUCUAUGACUGUAACAACUAUUGGUGUUGGUCCAAAAUCUACCUUCAAGUUGUUUAGAUCAGUAAUAACAUGACAAGUUAAUCGAUAGAAAUCAAUCAGCUUGAAGAACAAUGUGAUCAAACAAAUGUAGACAGUAUUCCAUAGAAAUUUUUUUUAUUGACGUUAAAAUUAUCAAUAAAAUAUAGAAGGAUAACUAUCCAUCACUGACGAUAUACUCAGAUAUGUGGUUACUACAACUACAACAACAACA